AUGUUGAAUCCGGCCAUUGCGCUGGGCCUUCCAUUCAUCAGCCACGAGUCGAACGUAAUGUACGGCAUCGCCUACGCCUUGGCCGAGCUGCUUGGCGCCUUUCUCGGCACGCAGCUCUUCACCAUCCUUAGAGCCGGCUCAGAGGACUGUUGCUGCAACGUUGAGGAGCACUUGGAGAUCUGCAUGCCGCGGAUAUCGGCCCGACUUCUCGGCGAAGGGUUGGGCACGUUCGCUGUGGUUCUCACUUUCGGGCUGAACGUGAUCGGGAACUCGGAAGCAACAGCAUGGUCAACAGCAGCUGCUUUGACAAGCAUGAUCUAUGCUCUUGGGAAGAUCUCUGGGGGCUAUUUCAAUCCUGCUGUGACGCUCGCGGUUGUCUUGAGCGGCCGCAGCAAAUGCUCCGUGGUCGACGGCUGUGCCUACUGCGGAGUUCAGGCUGCUGGAGCAGUUGUCGCCGCUAUCAUCGUUGCAUUUUACCGCUUUGCGGCGCCCAAUCUCUGGCAACCCUUGACCUUGCCGUCGUGGCAAGAGUACGGGGUGGCGACGGUUGGCAUCUCCGAAGGUGUUUUCACCUUUGUGUUGGCUUACGUGGUCCUUGCUUGCUCCACCGUGACCGUCCUGCCUGCUGGAAAGACGCGCCAGAACUUCUACUUCGGCCUGGCUGUGGGCUUCUGUGUCAUGACUGGCGGAUUCACUGUUGGCCCCGUGACGGGUGGGAUGCUGAAUCCGGCGGUCUCCGUUGGUGUGGUGACGCUCGGCCUGUUCGAAGAGCAGAUUAUGCAGGCGCGACGGCUCCUGCUGGCCGUGGCCGUGUGCCUCAAGCUGACCGCAUUUCAAUGUACGGGAGGUCUUAUGGCAGCUGUGGUCUUCCGCAUCACGCACCCGAGCGAAUACAGCAAGGCUCCGCUCCUCGGGCAGUGA